AGUUAUCCUUCUGCGAGGUUUUCUUUGUUUAUGUUUUUGUUUAUUCUCUAAGUGUUUAAUUUUAUAUUUUUGGUAGCUGGUUACCGGACAAAGCUUCAAGACUCCUUAUAGAUGAGAUAGAAAAAUUAUUUAAAGACUCACCUACUUAGGGCCAAAUGUCACCAAAUCGCCAGAGACAGAUCUAUUUUGCGUUUAAGGAAAAAUGUGUUUGGCGCCCGGAACAUGAGAAGCAGCUAACUCAAAACUUCGAGAAGAAAGCUCAGCGCUUACUAUGUGACAUGUUAGGAAGGGUUCGUGAAUCUCACAAGAAGUCUAAGUUGAUCCUUCCUGAAAAAUAUAACAUGCUACUACAUUACUGGGCAACUAAUGAAAGAUUUUUACAACUGAGUGACAUAGCGAAGAAAGCUAGAAGUUCGACAAGUGGUGGCUCCCUACACACUAGUGGGGCUAUGAGUCAAGAGGCUGUGAGGAGGAAGCUGGCAAGUCUACCUUAA